GGCUCCAAAAAUCCACCUCUGCUCUCCUCCUCUUCUCUCCACACUCACAACGACCGAACCUGCAUUCUCGUCGCAACGCUAUCUCUCUGUCCCCGAAUUCUCCAAGACUAUUUUUCGUUUCCACUCCCGGCACCGCACCGAACUGUUCCUCAUAGAGCAAACAUCCUGCCCAGUGUUGCUCACCACGGUUCAGCCCUACGAGAGCCGUCACACCUACCGCCCGCCCACCCAGAGCUACAUAAUCGAAACCAACUGUUGCGCGUGCACCCGACUUCGACAUGGCCACGUCUGCUACUCAAAACCCCUCCAAGGCUUCCAAGAAGAAGGCCGCUCAUGCCAUUGAGCGCACCGAUUCGCCUGCUCCUAGCACCGGCUCGGCUGCUGCCGACAAGACCAAUGAGUCUCAGGACGAAGCGUUUGAGAGCCCUUAUAUCAAGGAGCUCCAGAAAAACAUUCGCAACAUUAGCAAGAAAAUCACCCAUGCCUCCAAGACCGACACCCUGCUCAGUCAGCAUGCCGGAAAGACCCUCGACGAGCUCGUUGCCGCCAAGGUCAUCAACGCCGACCAGAAAGCACAGGUCCUGAAGAAGCCUGCUCUGCAAGCCCAAGUCACCCAGCUUGAGGAGCAGCUGGCCCAAUACCAAAAGGUUCACGAGCAGUACCGUGCUCGGGCGGCGACUGACAAGGCCGAGUGGGAGAAGUCUUUGGAGAAGGCCAAGGCUGAUGCGGUCGGCGAGGCCAAGGCGGAGUUUGGCAAAUCUCUUCGCGACAAUCUCCUGACCCUGUCACAGUUCCUCCGCCUCGCGGCGUACCGACGUGAGGAGGCCAAGGACCCGGAGUCGGACGAGAGCCAGGCCAUUGAGGGCGUGCUGCUGGCCAUUUACUCUGGCGACGAUGGUGCGGUCGAGUCCAUGCUCAAGCUAAUUGAGGGCUCCGACGACCAGGUUCUGAGCGUCCCUGGAGAGCAGCUCCAAACCACCUACUCGAGCGUCAAGGCUCUUGCGCGUGAUUACAAGACGCCCCUCUAUGUCGAGGCUGGCCAGCCCGCGGAGCCGGAAGCAGCCCAGGACAUCGUCUCCGACCCUACCAUGGCCAACGCCUCGGCCACCGAGAUUGCUGCCGGUGACGCCGCCAUCUCCGAGCAGCAGCAGGCCACCGAGCCAGCUUCCAACGGCAUUGCGAAUGCCAAUGUCAGCGAUGAUGCGGCCAAUGCCGUUGCUGAGAGCCACUGGGACGGUGGAAACGACGCAUCCAUCUCUCAAGAGUGGGUGGAUGUCAAGGUUCCCCGCGACCCAGCCGAGACCGACACUGGCUUGACGGCCACGCCCGCUGCGGCGGCCAAUACUCAGUCGUGGGCCGAUGACCAGCCCGAGCCCGCGUCCGAGGUAAGAGAAACAUCAUCUAUCUCUAAUGAUUGCAUGCGUGGAAAUGCUAACGAAACGGCAGCCCGCCCUCCCUGCUGCCUCCACCGACCCCAACGAUGGGUUCCACCAGGUUCAGCGCAACCGCGGCCGACAGGAUCGUGAAGGCGGCAACUGGCGCGGCCGCGGCCGCGGCGAGUACCGGGGACGCGGACGUGGAGACGGCCGUGGUCGUGGUCGGGGCCGUGGCAACGGCGGCGUGCCCUCCCGAGGCCCCCGUCGCUCCGAGGAGUCGUAGAGCAAUGGCCAGAGGCGCAUUCCCCGGGCCCAACCUAGCUGCCUAACUCCCCUCUUCUUAUUCUCCUCCCAGCGUGUUUCGGAAGCGAUUGUACAUCAUCAUGUCAUGGCGGCGUUUGACCAGGUUUUCGGCCGGAUCGGCGGAUCUGAUUUUGCGACACAUUUGGGCAUUGCAUUGGUAUUCAUACAAAAAUGACCUUCUUCUCAGCUCCGAAUGCUGUUGCUCCGGAUGGAGGUAUGGGAUUGGGGACAUUGGGGGGAAGGGAGGCUGGCGGCUGGCGCCCAGGAUGCAUGCAUGUUGCUGGCGAACGGGUUACGAGGGAUGAAGAAAAUGUACAAAAGGCCAUUCAUGAUGCAGCGGGACCGAGGCGCGUUUCUUGGCCGUCUAAAGACUGGCUGUCACAGAGUCAAUGGCUAUACGCGAUUUCUCUGUCGUCUUCGAUGAAGUAUAUGUCGCGAGGCAAU